AGGAUAUAAGAAGAGCUGCGCAAUGACAACAGUAGACCAGAAAUACGUACAUAUCCCUUCAGGAGAGGAUACAUAUUAACGCAAACAGGGCACUGUUUCCUGAUACUUUUAUUUUAAUUUAACUCACCGUCGUCGAAGCAGGAUAUGCCUUUCCUCGGACAGGACUGGAGGUCACCGGGUCAGAGUUGGGUUAAAACCGAGGAGGGAUGGAAAAAGACAACGGCGGACGAGAAAAACAACAAUGUCUCCGUGAAGAGCUUCUGCAAAGCCGAGGAGGAGGAGGAGGAGUGUUUCAACAAAGAGAACCUGCUGCUCUCUCUUAGCUAUGACAUGGCUGCCAAGAAGAGGAAAAAAGACCAAAUGAACAACAACACCAAGGUCCCCUAUUUCCACAGGGAAAAGUGGAUUUAUGUUCAUAAAGGAAGCACCAAGGAGCGCCACGGAUAUUGUACAUUGGGAGAGGCCUUCAACCGCUUGGAUUUCUGCAGCGCCAUCAAGGACACAAGGAGAUAUAAUUACGUUGUCAGACUCCUGGAGCUUAUCGCCAAGUCCCAGCUCCCCUCGCUCAGCGGCGUGGCGCAGAAGAACUACAUGAAUAUUCUGGAGAGAGUGGUACAGAAAGUUCUGGACGACCAGCAGAACGUUCGUCCGAUCAAGGAGCUGCUGUUGACGCUCUACGUCUCGCUGUGUGGUCUCGUUCAGGACAUGGGCAAGUCUGUCCUGGUGGGGAACAUCAACACCUGGCUGUACCGCAUGGAGAACAUCCUGCAGUGGCACCAGCAGCUGGACAACAUCCACAUCAACAGGCCCACAUCUACAGGCAUGAUUCUGACCGAACUGCCCGCCAGUCUGCAGUUGAACAUCAUGCAGCGUCUGUCGGACGGCAGGGACCUGGUCAGCCUGGGCCAGGUGUGCCCCUCGCUGGGGGCGCUCGCCGAGGACCGGCUGCUGUGGAAGAGGCUCUGCCAUUACCACUUCACAGACAGACAGAUCCGAAGGCGCCUGAUGGUGUCAGACAAAGGUCACCUGGAGUGGAAGAAGAUGUACUCUAAGCUGAUCCGCUGCUAUCCUCGCAGAGAGGAAUAUAGUGACACCCUGCACUUCUGCACACACUGCCACAUCCUUUUCUGGAAGGACACGAACCAUCCCUGCACCGCAAACAACCCGGAAAGUUGCACCAUGUCCCUCUCCCCUCAAGACUUCAUCAACCUCUUCAACUUCUGAUUUCCCCCCCCCCCCCUCUCCCCAAAGAAAAAUCCAGAUGAACUGACUGUACAUACUGUACAUAGAAAUGUACAAUAUUGUUUUUUUGUUAAUAGCACACUCUAUUCCCGGAUGUGUAUUUUAGUUGAGGUUUGAGUGGAGGGGGCUCAGGCAGUGGGACAAUGAUGCAAUGGAGAUUCUGUUGAACCUCUGGGAGAGUUCCCAGUUGAAAGUGAGUGAAUGUGACGGAGAGGAGAGGAGGUGCAGCAGUCGGCCUGUGGAUAAAGGGAACACUCGGCUGUCAGAGUUAAGUCUUAGUUUAAUGUGGUUGUUGAAAUUGUACUCCGAAGAAAACACACCUCUUGACCUCAGACGUGUGCACUUAUUUUUCCCGACUUGGGAAUUUGUUUUUAUUUUUGGAGGGUUUUCAACCCUUGUAAUUGUUUUUUUUUUCGAGACAGGAAGUAGGAAGAUUAUUCCAACCCAUUUGAAAUUGUGAUUUGUUUGAUCCAUUGCAAGGCCUGCUCACAUGGGGGGUCUGCAAUGUGUGUGAAGUUUAGAUGUAGUUUACAAUAGUAUUGUUGGGCACUGGGAUGGAGAGGCACAAGUCUUGAGUUACUGCAAUAUAAGCAAUGGAUCGUUAGAAUGGGUGAUAAUUCUAUGAUAACAUGGCACAUCACAAUGUUUUUUCCCUUUUCUUUGCUGUUUUUCACUUUUAUAAAGAUUUGAUAUGACUUUUUUUAUUCUUGAUGUUCUGCUGUGGCUGCUAUAGCAGCAGCAGUGCCUGUGUGCAGUAUUACCAAAGAUUGUAAUUAAAUUCAACAUAGCGAUGGCGUGUGCCUUGUCAUGAAAACUUGAAACCGGUACAGUUUAAUCCUUGUUUGGAAUGUUUUCAGAUCCUGAUGCUGUUUGUUUUUUUUAUCAUCAACGAAUGUCUCAUUUACAGAAGAGUGGUAUUCAAGAAGGCUCUGAUACCAAAGCUGACUUUCUGAAACAUCUUAUUUUUUUCUGUAGCCUCCUGCAUGAUUUUUUUAAACACCCAGCUGAUAGUGUUUACUUAUUUAUUGAGAUUCUAGCAAGGAAUGGGAAUAUUGUUAUUAAGGUGCAAUUUGACCCAGACUUUCCUCUAUCACUGCUCAGUGAGGAAUGAUGUACAUGCUAUGCAAUGCGUUCUGUUUCUGUUGAAUAAAUAAAAGAAAACAACCUUACCGCUGCCAUCACUUA